AUUAUAUCUCAACCUCAUCAGGAAGCAAAAGACUUUUACUACAGGACUUUCAUAACCUUGAGCUGCCUGACAGGAGACAAGACUCCACUAUAUUGGAACACUACAGAUCUCUAGACCUUAACAGCAGGAUGGGAUGAACUUGAGUGCCAUCGUGUUUAUAACUUCUUAUGUGAGCUGACUAAUCUCUCCCGCAAGAUGCAGACAGUUGUCUGCAGCAAACCAGGAAAUGCCCGAAAACUGGAGUUAAGGAUCAGACUGUUCUGUAGGAACGUUCUUCUUGAUCAUUGGACCCAUCGAAGUGAUUCUGCAUUUUGGUUGACGUGUAUAUUAAAACCAUGGCCAAUGGUGAAUCAGGCAAGAUUACUGUAUAUCAUCUUUGGACCAGUAGCUCCUCAAGAUGGACAGGUGGUUUGGCAGAAAAUGAUAGAAGAACCUGCAGAUGAACCCAGUCUGAAAGGUUUGGCUGAUGCCAUUAAAUUACUAUAUGAUACAGGCACCAAAGGAUGGACAGCAGAUGAUGUUAUCAGUCUUGUAGAUGAACUAUCAGUGGUUCCCCAUGAGUGGCUUCUAGAGAAUAAUGCACAUCUCCUAAUCCUAAGUGGGAACAGCAUCUGUUUCACUUUCAUGGCUAGUAAAGCUGUGAAUGGACGGGCCAUUGAACUGGCAAAGCUGAUAGUCUUUUUGGCUUUGGUAUGUGAGAAAGAACUAUACUGCAUGGAUUGGGCAGUUAAAAUGACGCGAAAAGUCUGUAAAGUCUUUAGCACUACGGUGGAAAGAAAUAACUUCCUGCAGAGUGUGGCAAAUGCAUUUGCGUAUGUGAUAAUGGAAAUGCUACAAUCAGUUAUGUCUGGAGACCAUGAUGAAGACGACAGAAGCUUUCUGAAUUUGUUCCAUCUUGUGCAUGCUCAGGCUAACUUCCAUAAGGAGGUCCUGUGUUUGACCAUGAAUAAUACUCUCUCUACCUAAAUACUCAGAAAGCCUUGCAUUUAGAGAAUAACUCAGUGAACUAACUAUUAGAAGAGUGCUACUUUUCCACACUCAGAGAAUAGCAUUCAUGGGA